CCUCGGCGCCCGCCCCGGGCCGCCCAUAAAAGCGGCCCCGCGCCCGCCCAGCUCCGCCGCCGCCGCCGCUCCGCCGCCGGCCAUGGCCAAGGACCAGCUGAAGCCGCGGCUGUGCCGAAUGCUCAAGGGGGAGAGCGGCUACGGCUUCCACCUGCACGGCGAGAAGGGCAAGAGCGGCCAGUUCAUCCGCAAAGUGGAGCCCGGCUCGCCCGCCGAGGCGGCGGGGCUGCGCGCCGGGGACCGCGUCGUGGAGGUGAACGGGCUCAACGUGGAGCAGGAGACGCAUCACCAGGUCGUGCAGCGCAUCAAGGCCGUGGAGACGGAGACGCGGCUGCUGGUGGUGGACAAGGAGACGGACGAGUACCUGUGCAGCCUGCGGCUCACCUGCACCGAGGACAUGGUGCACAACGGCAUCCUGCUGGGCUCGGCAGUGCCCCCUGCCAAGGGCCUGCCCAGCGACAACGGCGAGCUCUGGAAGCCGCAGCUGGAUCUGAGCGGGGGCAGCCUGCAGAGGCAUUCCCACAGCUUCUCCUCGCACGGCAGCAGGAAGCAGGACCUGAACGGCCAGAAGGAGCUGUGCCCACGCCUGUGCCACCUGAAGAAAGGCCCCAAUGGCUACGGCUUCAACCUGCACAGCGAGAAGUCGCGGCCGGGGCAGUUCAUCCGCUCCGUGGAUCCCGACUCGCCCGCAGCCAGGGCAGGCCUGCGGCCCCAGGACCGCCUGGUGGAGGUGAACGGGAUAAACGUGGAGGGGCUGCGGCACUCGGAGGUGGUGUCCCACAUCAAGGCCAGGGAGAGCGAGGCCAGGCUGCUGGUGGUGGACCCCGAGACAGACGAGUACUUCAAGAAGCUGGGGGUGACCCCCACGGAGGAGCACAGCAAAGGUGUGCCACCCCAGCCCAUGACAAAUGGAUCUGCACAGACUCAGCUGAACGGGGGAUCCACAUCUUCAUCUCACAGCGACCUGCAGAGCCCUGGGAAGGAAUCCGAGGACGGUGACACGGACAAGAAGGACCCGUUUGAGGAGAGCGGGCUGAGCCUGAGCCCCACGGCGGCCGAGGCCAAGGAGAAGGUGAGGGCCAAGCGUGUGAAGAAGCGAGCGCCGCAGAUGGACUGGAACAAGAAACGGGAGAUUUUCAGCAAUUUCUGAGCCCCGCUGGCCGCUCCCCUCCCGCCCAGCUCGGACCUUUCUGAGGUGCCUACGCCUGUCCUUCGGUGUCCACGUGAGAUGCUUUGUGCUCUGCUCUUCACUGGUUGCUUUUACAAGGCGUAUUUUAAAGCCCUUUUUAUUUUUA